AUGCAAGGCUUAUGUUCUAAGCCGACACCGAAGCCGCUUAGCGUUUUGCGCGGCCAUAAUGCACCCGUAAAUAGCGUGAAAUUUAUCUCCACCAACACCAUUGUGUCUUGUGCAGGUGACGGAGCUGUCAAAAUAUGGGAUCUUCAAUCUCGUCGAGAGCUCGCAUCGAACUCUGCAACUCAUUCAAAAGCUGGUGUAUUGCAUACGGCAUCUUUACAAGGAGCCACGUCGAUGGAGCACAAACUUGUCACGCAGGGUCGUGAUGGGUUUGUGAAGUUUACAACGUUACGUUGGUCCGACAGUGGCUCAUCUGUGUCUGCAAGCUUGAUUGUGUGUCCCAGUAGCGAAUACAAUAAGCUUCUGGUCUUCGAUAUUCGAAAUUCGAUGCCGGCGUUGACGAUCACCAUUCCAGACGCUCCAGCCAAGCGAAGCAUGUGUAUGUCACUUUCGCUUUUUAACAGUAGUGUUGCACUUGCUGAAGAUGGAGCUGGCGGCAACGUGCAGACGUAUAUCGCUGCCGGCUUUGAAGGAGGACAACUUACCAUCUUAGACUUGCGGUCUGGAGGAGAAGUGGUUUGUGAGACCACAGUUACCCAAUCCUCAAAUGCAUUGCUCUCUUUUGACGUGACACGAGAUGGACGAUCGGCUAUUUGCGGGUCCUCGGGCGAAAGAUUGUAUAUAGCUAAGUUUGACGUUGCUUCAAAUACGCUCAGCUCUCGAUCUUUCUUCUCCUGCACUCACGGUGGUUUUAGUGGGGUAUGUAUUCGUGAGGAUCAGCGCAUUGUGGCCACCGCUGGCUGGGACCAUCGUGUUCGUCUUUUUCAUUUGCGAAAAUUGAAGCAACUAGCCGUGCUUAAAUAUCAUAACGAAAGUGUAUUUGGGCUAGACUUUAGUGCUGAUAGCACGCUUCUCACAUCUUGCUCCAAGGACCACAAAAUAGCGAUUUGGUCGAUCUAUCCACCUUCGAAGCAGUGA